UUUUAUGCUUUCUUACUUAAAGAGUAAACACAUUUCUCUCCCUGGUAUGGAACAGAAAGUAGGGAUUUGAAGAAGCGUAUUUUUUUACCCUCUUCCGCGCCAGCUCGAGGAUCUGGGAGGCUGAAGACAAACCAAAUGAACAACCCGCAGCGUCAACCCCCAACCCCACUUAGAACGCUAGGCGUGCGCUCGGCCUGCGCGGCUCGCCACUUCUCGGCUCCCUAGCCCCAGGAGAAGGACACGCCGGAAGUCUCGACUGCUCCUCUCUGGACCCUGCCUGUCGACCCGGAAGGAAUCCUUCCGCCUUCCGGUAGCGUGGACCUUCUCUCACUGACAGGAUCACUUUCUUUUGAUGAUUUUCGAGAGAGCCGUGCUACCACGUUGCAAAAGAAGCUGUAAUGUUGUGGGAAGCUCUGCAAAACUCCAGCCGUCUACCCCACCCUGUUGAGCUCGCCUGCAAAUUAAGCAAGAUCUGACUAAUGCAUUCUUUGGUGAUGCUCUGACCAUUUUCAUUUUUCCAGAAAGCAGGAUGUCAAAGCCCCUGGGAAAACUGUUUCUUUACACUGGCGUGUUUACUAGUGGAACCUGCACCCUCAUGUAUUAUCUUAUACAAAAAAUGUUUUCCAAGGCUUUGUAUUACCAGUUGGCAUUGGAGCACCUGUAUAGUCAUCCCGAGUCACUGGAAGCUCUGGGCCCUCCUGUCAACAUUCACUAUCUCCACCUCACCGACAGGUUCAACUUCGUCGACAUUACUGAAGCCCAGUUGAAGAUUCCUGUCUCUGGGUCCAAGGCCAAGGGCUACCUCUACGUCUUCUCGUCCAGGGAUGCCCCCUUUAAGAGCUGGAACCUUCAGGAGGUCUUCUUAGAGCUCAAAGGAGGUCAGCAGAUUCCCAUGUUCAAGUCCAGCAAGGAGAACGGUGGUGACGCAAAGAAGGAGUAAAGGUGAUCAGAAAGAGCCGGCUUUCUUGAAGCCUGGCCUGCCUUCCUCUCCAGCGUGCAUCCUACAGCGGUGACGGGCAACAGCCCACUCUGGAAGCAAACCCUGCCUCGAGCCUCUUUCCAGCCACCAGUGGGAUGAUCAAAUGAGCCUGCUUGUGCUAAUGGUACUGUAAUUAUCACUUGACCACAAGGAACACUAUUGUGGUUUUUUGUGUAAUCAGAAAGAAAUCUUUACUAUAAGUUUAUACCAAAAACCAAACCCAUUGCCAUCGAGUUGAUUCCUAUUCAUAGCAACCCUAUAGGACAGAGUAGAACCAUCCCGUAGAGUUUCCAGGGAGCUCCUGGUGGAUUUGAACUGCCGAGAUUUUGGUUAGCAGCCAUAGUUCUUAACCACCAUACGUAAGUUUAUAAGAUAAUUUAUUUAAAAGUGCUCUGUAUAAAAGCAAAGCACAGGAUAGAGGUGAGGACAUUUAAUAAAAUGUUUUUUGGUUUUUA